AUGGCUGCCCAAGAUACUUUCUUUGAUCCCCGCAAUCAGCUUAUCCCAAAUCUGGUUGACCAUUAUGCUGAAACCAAGCCUGAUGCCAUCUACGCCGAAUAUCCUGUCAACCCCAUGACCUACGAUGAUGGGUACAAAGCCAUCACCUACAAAGCCUUUGCAAACACCAUCGAUGGCAUUGCGCACUGGCUAACGCAAACCUUGGGACCUGGCAACGGGGAGAUAUUGGCCUACUUAGGUCCAAAUGAUCUGCGUUACCCAGCUUUGGUUCUGGGCGCCGUCAAAGCUGGCUACUUGAUAUUUUUGACAUCGCCCCGUAAUAGUCCGGCCGCACACAAAUCCCUAUUUGAAAAGCUUAGCUGUGUCACACUCCUAGCGCCCGUGCCGCGACCACCUUCGUUUGCGGGUAUUAUGGGAGCCAACCAACUGAAUGUCGUGGACGUCCCCGGUUUGGAAAAGCUCUUGACAACCGAUUACCCACCUUUUGAAUAUUCGAAAACUUAUCCGGACGCUGCCUCUGACCUAGUGGUGGUGCUUCACACUUCUGGGUCUACAGGGAUCCCCAAGCCCGUUUUCUGGACUCAUGGGACUGCCGUGCGCCAUAUGCGUAUGCAAAGACUGGAGGCACCUCCAGGAUGUCAGAGCCAAGAUCAAAAAGGCUUUGGGAAGAGAAUGUACUUGACAUUGCCCCCAUUCCACGCCGCGGGAAUUGGUUAUAUUCUCUUUAUUGCGAUGCCAGUCGAUGUAACCCUUAUCAUGCCUAUUGCCACUGGUCUUCCUUCUGCUGUCGGGCUUGUCACUGCGAGAAAGCAGACACCGUUCAAGUGGGCUGUUGUCCCGCCGUCGAUUCUCCAGGAGUUGGCACAGGAUCCUAUGGCUCUGGACUACUGUAGUACGCACUUGGAGUAUGUCAAUUAUUGCGGGGGAGAUUUGCCGCAGGCAAUUGGAAAUAAAGUUGCGGCCAAGCUACCAGUGUUGAAUGGAUACGGCGCUUCUGAGAUUGGAAUGAUCAAUUUGAUCCACUCGGCAGCCCGCGACCCCCUGACAGACUGGCGGUAUCUUCAAUUCCAUCCAGAAUUGGGAAUGGAACAUCACCAUGUCUCUGGGGAGGAAUACGAGGCGGUGAUAAUGCGCAGCCCAGAGCGGGAAGGUCACCAGAUGUCAUUCACUCUUUUCCCCGAUCUUCAGGAAUAUCAUACACGGGACCUGAUGACUCCUCACCCCACGAAACCUGGUCUUUGGUGCCCAUCAUCCCGCCUGGAUGAUGUGAUUGUUUUUCUUAAUGGAGAGAAAACCAACCCUAUUUCUAUGGAACAACAUAUCGUCGCCGCUAACCCGGAGAUCACCGGGUGUCUGGUUGCAGGCGCCCAACGCUUCCAAGCUGCGCUUCUCGUGGAGCUGGGCGAUAAACCGCUUAACAUGAGUGACCACGCUGCGAUGAUAGAGAAGAUCUGGCCAAGCAUAGAGGAGGCUAAUGGCUCAAGUCCAGCUCAUGCGCGGAUCACCAAAAGCCAUAUUCUCUUUACGUCAUCUAAUAAGCCGAUGGUCCGCACGGCCAAGGGAACUGUACAACGCUCUGGCUCACUGGCACUGUAUGCGGAUGAGCUUGACAUUCUCUACGCCAAUGUGGAUAGGCUGACUCAAGUUGAUAUGAGCCAACCAGCCGGUCCAGGCGGGGUAGAUGAUGCUACGAAGGUGGCAGAGUAUAUCAGGGAAUCGAUCCUGGGAAUCACGGGCUGGAAAGAUAAUGUGUCUGAUGAGGAGAAUUGGUUUCAGCUUGGAUUCGACUCUUUGCAAGUUAUCACGGCUACCCGUGUGUUGAGGCAGGGUCUUAAUCUUCCUACGCUCACGCCGAAUGUGAUUUAUUUACAUCCAACCAUAGCGAAGUUGACUCAUGCGCUUCAGAAUCUUCACCAGGAUAGCCUGAAGUCUACCGAGGCUAAGAACCAAGCGCUGAUUCACGAACGGGAUAAGCUGUUACAGGAGCUGGUUGGACAGAUUAAGCCACCUCAGGCUCAGCGCCCUGAAGCGUCCGAAGUCCAGACUGUUAUUCUGACUGGGUCUACCGGACAGCUGGGUACAUAUCUGCUCGACACACUGCUGAAGAACCCCGCGGUAGGGCAUGUGUACUGUCUUAGCAGAGAUGACUGGGCUCGCGAUCGGCAAAAAGAGCGCAGGACGACCUACGGACUCGACCCGGUAGAUGAGGCACGGGUUACCUUUUGGAAAGCAGAUCUUACCGAGGCAGACUUGGGACUGCGGCCCACGCAGUUUAAACAAUUACAACAAGCAGCGACACUGAUCAUUCAUAAUGCCUGGACCGUCAACUUCAACCUAUCGCUAGCUUAUUUCAAGCCGCAUCUAACCGGCAUGAUAAACCUCAUCAACUUCACCGGUCAAGCCACCUACGCCCCACAUCUAUUUUUCAUCUCCUCGAUUAGCUCAACGAUGGGCCACCACACUGAAACCGGCCUGACCCCCGAGACGAUCAUCACAACCAAGGUCCCAGCGCCAAACGGCUACGCCACUAGUAAGUAUAUCGGCGAGCACUUACUCCAUUACGCAGGCCAACAAGGAUUCAAUUCCGCGUUCGCCCGCGUAGGCCAGAUUGCCGGACCGAUCCGUUCUCGUGGACUGUGGAAUAAAUCAGAGUGGCUCCCCAGUCUAGUGCUGAGUUCAAUAUUCCUAAAUGCUCUCCCAGAGACGCUAGGCACUCUCGGCCGCGUGGACUGGGUCCCGAUCGACCUUCUCGCCGAGAUCCUUGUUGAUCUGGCUCUCAUCCAGAACAUCGGGGUUAGCGUCUAUCACCCGGUGAACUUACACCCACUAUCUUGGAAGGACAUUCGCCCCGCUAUCGCCACCACACUUAGGGGUCUGGAGAGGACGGUGGAGACCAUCCCGGCGCAGGAAUGGAUUCUUCGUAUUCAUCGAGAUAUCGCACUUGCUGGCCAUAAGGGGGCCGAGGGGUUAUGGAUUGGACUUAAGCAGAACCCUGCUGCUAAGCUGUUGGGAUUCUUUGAGGAGGUCAUGGGUCAGGCAGAGGCUAGGAAUGAAUUGGAUGUGCGGGGAACUGGAUUGGUUAGCGAGAAAUUACGAGCAGUGGAUGCCAUCAAACCGGAGUGGAUCGAGAAAUGGGUGCAGGAGUGGAUAAAUAGCUAG